UGACAGCGCGCUGACCAGCCGCGUUCUCCACGUCUCAGGUUUCGCAAAGACUCAUGGGAGCAACCCGGACGAAGGUGUGUCGAGAUGGCGGAAGCCGAGGAAUCGCCUGGAGAACAUGAGACAGCGACGCCUAGGCCUUUGUUCGCGGGCCUUUCUGAUAUAUCAAUCUCACAAGACAUUCCAGUGGAAGGCGAGAUCACUAUUCCCAUGAAAGCUCGUGCUCGAGAACUUGACAACUCCACACUAAAUGAGUCCGUUCGCCAUACCAUCAUGCGUGAUCUAAAAGCUGUGGGAAAGAAAUUUAUGCACGUUUUAUAUCCAAGGAAAAGUAAUGCUCUGUUAAGAGACUGGGAUUUGUGGGGCCCAUUAAUACUGUGCGUGACACUUGCAUUAAUGCUACAAAAGGGUUCUGUGGAUGGAGAAAAAGAUGGAGGACCACAAUUUGCAGAAGUUUUUGUUGUUGUCUGGUUUGGAGCAGUCACAAUUACACUCAAUUCAAAACUUCUUGGCGGAAACAUUUCUUUCUUUCAGAGCCUAUGUGUGCUGGGAUACUGCGUACUUCCUUUGACUGUUGCAAUGCUGAUUUGCCGGCUGGUGCUUUUGGCAGGGCAGGGCCCAAUAAAUUUUAUGAUUCGGCUUUUUGUGGUAGUGGUAAUGUUUGCUUGGUCUGUGAUCGCAUCUACAGCUUUUCUUGCUGACAGCCAGCCACCCAAUCGGAAAGCUCUCGCUGUGUAUCCAGUCUUCUUAUUCUAUUUCGUGAUCAGUUGGAUGAUACUCACGUUCACUCCAUAGUGGAUCUGGAUACAGACAUUGAAAACCAGUGAACUGAAGGCUCACCCGAAAGAACAGUUUACCACGACCAACUUCCCCACUCUCUUAUUCAAUUCUCGAGGUAUUAAAAGGGAGCCACGUAGUACUGUUGUCAUUUAUAUAAGGAACUGAUAUUUGCAAGGCUGUCCUUUUCCUCUUAAUGUUAUUUCUUUCAAAUACAUGUGCAUACCACACAUAGCAAAAUGCCUCCUUAAGGCAUGAUGAAGUUACUAUGAUCCAUUAGGGUGACAACCAGUGACCCGAAGAGCAAGUGGAUCCACUCUGCAAAUUAAAAAGGGUUUAGUAACCAUCUUCAGCUUGGAGAAUAUUUGUUCAGGUGCAACUCUUAAACACAUUGCCUUAUGACUAUUAGAAUAUGCCUCUUUUCAUAAAUAGUAAUAUUCUGUAUCCAUUUUCUUUUUCUUUUCUCCCCCAAACUUAAGAGGGCAAAGAUAGAGGUUAGGUAGGAGAUUUAUAGAUGUGGGAGGAGAAAAUAUGUAUUAACUAAUUUUCAGAUUUUGAUCAGAGGUAGUGCUAUACUUUGUUUGUUUUUAAGCAAAUGACAUUUAAGAAUGAGCUUUUAAAAAGUAUUUUUGUAUAGUUACUUUUUUGUCAUGUGUAACAAUACCUCGGUUAAGACUAGUUUUUAAUCUUUCUUCCAUAACCUGAAUAUACAGUGCUAGCAGUCAUACAUGCAACUUUCCUUCGAAGUUCUCAGUGGUUCAAUGUUUGGGCUUUUCUAAGUAGAAGAAGAUAGAAAUCUAGGUUCGUAGUUUGUAAUACAUAUUGUCAUGUGGGCACCUUCUUUUAAGGUAUAGUUAUAUAUUACAUAGCUAAACGGACCUAUUCAUUAUUUUGUAUGGUCCAGCCUCAGACUAGAAAGAAAGGCUACAACAGAAGUGUGCAUUUAUCCAAUGGACACCAAAUCUAGUGUUCUGAGGCCUAGGUAACAGAAGGAUGUCUAUGUAACGUGGCAAAGGUUGAGUUGAGUUUACAGCUGAUGCCUUUCCUGUAGUGGGCUCAGCAGUUUUUUUCAUUUUAUAUAUAUAUAUAUACAUAGUUUUGUUUUGUUUGUUUUGGCUGGGGAAUAGCAAUUGAUUUUGUAUUUUAGACAUUAUUUGUAAACCUAAUUAGCUCCCCCUUAGAUAUGUACAUUUUGCACAUGUGCACCUACCUGUACUCUAAUAUUUAUGCACACAAAUGUGAAGGCUUUUCAGGGAACAGAACAUCUGAGACAGGCUGAUCUCAACUAAACAGGACUCCUAUAAGGCAGUAAGAACGGUUGCCUUCUAUGUUUCAGUUGAAGAACUCUAAUAGACAAAGAUUAGGAGUCAGAGACCAUUCAUUGUAAAUAUGCAGUUGCUUAUAGUGAUAGCAAUUCUUAUUAGUGUGUUUUCUUUAUCAUAGAGUUUAAAUAUUUAUUAAUUUUGUAUUUAAAGACUACCUUCAUAUAAAUAUAUGAUUAUAAAAACAUAAUUUUCCCCAUUCUCAGAGUAACCAAAUGAGCAACACUAGGCCAAAUGGGUUCAUAUGGGAUGAGUUACCAAGCAUUACUGGGCUUAUCUUCUCUGUUCCAGCCUCGUCUAAAGGUUUGGGGGUAUAUAUUUGAAUUCAUUAUAAUUUAUCUUUUAAAUUAUAAACCCUGUGAGGAUAAAUUGAGUGUUUUACUCUUGAGCUACUAAAGGAAAAAUUUUUGAGAUUUGUCAUAAACUAUCUCUUUCCACUCUCUGAAAAAUUUUAAGCUUCCCACUCAAAUAUCUUUCAUAAGUUGUUGUUUGUAAUCCACCCAAGUAAUUAUAAUAUUGAAGAGGUAACUAUACUUCUCAAAGGAGAUUUAGUCUCUACUGGAUUUUACUCAGGUGAAACAUUUACUCUGAAAUUCCGAAGGCCACGAUUUAUGGGGAUUUGGAGGGUUAAGCACAUUGGCUCUAAGGCAGCGUGGUCCUAUUGGUCUUGUUGCUCUUGGGUGACUUGAGAAUGGUUUUGUGUAGUUGAAAUAUAGGGCUGGGGGUGUAGUUCCAUGUAGAGCAUUGCCAGGCAUGCACAGUACUCUUGCUUCAAUCCUUGGCAUUGCCAACAAAAGUGGCUAAGCUGUAGGAUUGAUUACUCUUUUCUAUAAUUGAAUGAUUAAAGAAUAUAAUUAUUUUUAAUAUAUGCAAAAGGUCUUGCUUUCUGUGGCAAGUGAAGUCCUGAGUCUGGAAGCUGUAAUAUAGCUUUUCCUGGUUUGCUGCAAAGGUUGAUUUUAGAAAUGAAGACUGAAAGGGCAGAAGCCUCCAACAGAGGAACUCCUGUCCUAGGUUGUUGACAUUUCAUGCUUCUGAUGAAUUUCAAACUUUUGAGUAUCCCUGCAGAAUGUGCGUGGGUAUCAUAGCCAGCUUGAAUGAUCACCUGCUGCUUCUACAUCUGAGACCAUGAUACUCUUGUUAUAUAGCAAAAGGAAGGUUGAAAACUUUGAUUUAAUUAGUGUUCAGAUUACAAAAACUCUAUCGAUGACAACAUAUUUAAAUGUUCUGAAUGGUCUUGAAAGUCAUCAUCAAAUAUUGAUUUUUUUUGGUGUGUGUGUAUGUUUUGUUUGGAUUUUGGCCUCAAAGAUAUGUAAGUUAAAUUUGAUCUUUUCGUUGUGUUGUAGGAAUUUUUUUGUUGGGCAAAGUAAAAUAGCAUGAGACUGGUAAUCUUUUCUGUUGACUAUGUCUUUUAUAAAUAGUACCCCCAGAAAUGUGAUUAGAAGGCUAGUGAGUCUGAACUUGGGGAUAUAGUCUAUUGAUUUACUACAUUUGAGAUGCCUGCCUAUUUCUGGAGAUGAGAAUGAAAAUUUGUCAGUUGAUAUUUUCGGGUACCAUCAAGUUAUCCAUUGCAUGCUGAUGUUUUAGUCCGGUUUGAGCACUGAAGUGAUCCUUAACUAGGCUGUCAGUUUCUGAGAUGGUUGGGUGGAAAUAAAUGUAUGAAUGUUGUUUGAUCCAUGUAUGUAAAUUAGAGAUCCUUUUCUAGAUUUGGUGUGCUUUUGUUACGAGUAUAGAACUGACAGGGACAAUAAUUUUAUGAUUAUUAAUAGCUAACACUUAUUGGGCACUUAUAUAUGUAUAUAUAUAUAUCAGUUUACUAUUCUACUUUUAAAAGACUUUUUGUAAUAGCUUUAUUCAAGUACACUUUACCAUGAAACCCAUUUUUUCCAAAGUGUACAAUUCAGUGAUUGUUACUAUAUUUAGAGUUCCACAACCAUGUCUUCUAUCUAACUUGAGAAAGUCUGUCUUUAUCACUGCAGAGAAACCAAUCACUCCUGGUCUCUAGUCACCUUCAGUCCUUGCAACUACUAGUCUACUUUCUGUCCAUUCUUCUGGCCAGGUACUAUUUGUAGUGCUUGCUCUAUUUCCUCCACUCCUCAACAGAAUAUACUAUAAUUCUUAUUUUACAGUAGAAUAUUGAGGCACAGAAAUUUAAGUAAUUGUCCAAGGUCCUGCAGGAAGUGAAGUUAUAGUAAGAACACAUUAGAUGAGAUGCAGUUUGAAUUGCACUGUUAGGCACAUGAAAUGAAUGCAUUCCUUCCUGGGGUGUGUCUUCUGUUACUAACCUUUGCACCCUAGAACUGACUGGAGACAGAUGUGUCUUGUUCUUUUUACUACUUUACAAUUUCCUGUUUCACAUAUACAUAGUCUGUUUUUUCCUCAAAGUUUGAAGACACAACUUCUUUUCCUUUUCCUAGAGAGAUGGUUAAUGCCUCAAAAUGUAACAUCUCUUCAGGUGUUUAUAGUAUAGGGAUGUAUCUGGUCACAUAGGGUACUGGGUAUAUUUCUAAGAUUUAAGAUUAAAGUCAUUCGAGAACUGAAUGCCUUUCUAUUUGGGUAAAUGUGAAGAGAAAGAAGACUUUGCCUUAAUGAAGCUUGUUCAUUUCUGGUCUUCUUUGGUAUUCUACUUUAAUCCUGGUCUUUUCUAUAAACAAUAAACCUGUGCAAAGAAACCUGUAAAAUGGUUUGUGAAUGUUAUAUGUGUCAAUAAAAACACUGGAAAGGGGCAA